UGCAGAUCAGUGGAUCAGUGGCGCCGCAGCUGAGCAACUUUUUGACGUCUAUUGUGAUGCAUUGAAGGCACGUCGCAUUUACGUGAUCUAACCUAACCUAAUCUCUAAUUUGCUGCUGAGAUUAUUUUACGCCUAUCAAUCGCAGUUUAACUGGAUAUCAUUGAUUAUCCUUUAACACGUACACGAUCUUAUUCUACAAUGAAUUUACCUCGAGUACUGAUCGUUAGCACAAAGGAGGGGAAGGCUAAGGAAAUCGCAGAAAGUAUAGGAGCAGAACGUUUGUCCGAGGAAGACAAAAUUGUGGAUUAUCUGUGGAACAUUGAUAACAAGUAUUAUACGUCACAGGUCUUGGUGCAUGCUGUAGAAAACUUAUCUAUCAAACUCCCAGCGGAAGGAAUCAAUGCGUUGGUCGUGUACCAUGAUCCACAAGAGGACAAAGUAGAUGAAGAAUUGGAGCAAUUGGCAUCCUUGGUUACUUCAUUGACAGCAGCGGAAGUACUAUUAUUUUCCUGCAGUUCAAUAUCAGAUUCGCCUUUGCGAGAUAAAGUAAUAAAUUGGUGUUUGCACAACAAAUUUGAGCUGGUUGAAUUGGAGCCAACGGGAGAUUUGGAAUGUGAUACAGAGUUUAACAAAUAUGGUAUUGAGAGGAUCAUAGAAGCUCUACAUGCUCACAUGUGGCCUAAUAUUGUGCUUAAAGACAAGUCAUAUAUGGGGCAAACAUCAGAAGUAAAUGAAAUUGAGGAACAAUUUGAAAAUAUUCGAUUAACGCGCGACCCUUUGGAAACGCUACGUAUGCAAGACAUGCUCGACGGCAUCAUGGGUGACGAAAAUGCGGACUUUGGAGAACUAUAUGGUCAGUUGAUGGCCAUGAGGGAACACGCGACAUCCUUACCGACAAACGAGAGGCGUCUAGUGGCAGAACAAGUAGUCACCGCCUUUUGGAAAGCUAUGGGUGGCGAUCUUCUAGAAAUCGAGGAUUAAAUUUAAGAUUCAGUGUAUCAUGUAUCAACUAUGAUUUACUUUAAUUUCUCGAUUCUGAAUUUAUUUAAGAUAGAAAAUUCAGAAUACGACGAAUUUGUAUAUAAAGACUGGCGCAUAUUGAAACAAUGUGCACAUCAAGAAUGUAUAAAUGAAAAAAGAGCAUUUUUAGAAAAAGUUCCAUGUAACUUAAAUGUAUAAUAUGAAGGUAGAUUAUUUUAUGUAAAAUCAUGUCUGUUAAAAUCAUAUCUUAAACGGUAAUGAUUCAAAUGUAAUCUCGUAAUCGAUAUGUGUAUUAAUAUAUUAUACACGUGUUUUUUGACACUUCUAUCUGAUACUUAGAUCACAAUACUUCAAUUUUUAUUGCUUUUACAAAUAUACAAAUUCAAUAACU